AUGAGGAAUUCUGCCCUUGGCCUGGCAAUACUUUUCUUCAUGGCAGUGAGGACAUGUCGAGGCAACUGUGCAGAAACGCGGGACGCUCAGAGCUCUGGUGAACAGUUCAAGAAAUCUUUAGAUGUCUACAAAAUGCCAGCAUCACUUCUGAAAAGGUUCUAUGAAGAUGAUUCAUAUGAUGGUUUUGUUGGACUUAUGGGCAGAAGAAACUCUGAUUCCAAGGAAUUUGCCUCAUUGCCAUUAAAAAGAGACAUGCAUGACUUCUUCGUGGGUUUAAUGGGGAAGAGGAAUCUACAGACAGGGACCUCUAAUAAUGAAGCGAAUGAAGCUGAGCCUGAAUCCAGGUACUCAACAAAAUGCAGGAUGAAGUAA